AUGAGCCUCAAAUUGUUUUCGGAGAAGGCGAACACGCAGGCGCUGAAGGCGUUGCUCUGCUGCCAUCACGUCAAGCGGCCGGUGGAGCUGACACUCUCCGGUGCGUACACAAGUCCGGUACUUCAUCAUCCGGCAUUAAAGCAGCCCAUCUUUUCUGCGAAUGAGAUGGUUCGUUUGAUUCUGCACGAUAAAUGGAGAGACGAUUCCGCUGGUGGGAGCGGCGGCAAGAAGACUGGUUGCUAUGAUGGCCACUGGGCGAGUGUUUCACUCGAAGAAGAGGCCUGGCUGGAGUGGGAGGCGACCACAUUCACAUGCGCGGUGCACCCAUUGUACACUCAGCGUCGGGUGACGCCAGAGGCAGCGGGAGCGUUUGAGUAUCUUGAUAAUAAGAUUCAUGAGAAUGACUGUCGGGGUCCCUGCCUGGCUCCUGUGGGGGAGAAGGGGACGUCCACAAAAUCCCCUUCUUUUCUUGUUGAUUGCAUCAUUUGGUGUGCGGUAUUGCCGGCGCUCUGCGAGGGCGGUCUGCUAGGGGAAAAGGAGCGCGAGAAGUUGCCACAUCUCUUGAAAUGGUUUGAGUCGUUUCAGUCUGCGCGAGAAGCGCAUAUAGCUGGCGCCGUGGAAUCUCUUGCAGUGCAGGAGUUUGCUGAUUUUUUGCGCGCCCCCCGUGUGUAUAAAUUAUCGCCGAAAAUAAGUAAAGUCUUUUUUAUUACAACCCCUAUUUAUUACGUGAAUGCCGCCCCUCAUAUUGGUCAUGUCUACAGCACUCUUAUUGUGGAUGUCAUUGGGCGGUACCACACGAUGAAAGGGGAGCGUGUCUUUGCGAUGAGUGGAACGGACGAGCAUGGACAGAAGGUGGCAGAGGCUGCCAGGCAAAAAGGGAUGAAUCCGUACGAUUUUACGUGUCAAGUCUCAAGGGAGUUUAUUGAUUGUUUUGAGCAAAUGGGUUACCAUAUGGAUUACUUUAUUCGAACUACGAACGAGAGUCACAAAAAGGUUGUCCAUGAGUUAUGGUCCAAACUUGAGGCGAAGGGUGAUAUUUACUUGGGUCGCUAUGAGGGGUGGUAUUCUGUCAGCGAUGAGUCCUUUUUGACGGCACAGAAUGUGACAGACGGCGUGGAUAAAGACGGCAAGCCAUGCAAGGUUAGCCUGGAGAGCGGUCACGUGGUGACAUGGUUGGCGGAGGAUAACUACAUGUUCCGCCUUAGCGCGUUUCGUGAGCGCCUGCUGGAAUGGUACAACAACAACCCCGGGUGCAUUGUUCCCGAGUUCCGCCGCCGUGAGGUCAUCCGUACAGUGGAAAAGGGUUUAAACGAUCUGAGCGUCUCGCGUACGAGGGAGGCUGUGCAGGACUGGGCAAUCCCGGUCCCUGGAAACCCCAACCACUGCAUUUACGUCUGGCUUGAUGCACUCUCCAAUUAUUACACCGCCUCACGUCUCCGUCUAGGAAAGUCUGGGGAGGAGCUGGAACUUGUCGAGGACCACAGAGUGUUGGAACGUUUUCCUGCUGACAUCCAUGUCAUUGGAAAGGAUAUUUUAAAGUUUCACGCUAUUUAUUGGCCGGCCUUUUUGAUUUCGGCGGGCCUUCCAUUACCCAAAACGAUUGUCGCGCAUGGGUGGUGGACAAAGGAUCGCAAAAAAAUCAGCAAAUCCCUUGGAAACGUCUUUGAUCCUGUAGAAAAGGCACGUGAGUUCGGUUUUGACGCGCUUAAGUAUUUUUUGUUACGAGAGACUGGCUUUUCGGAUGAUGGUGACUACAGCGACAGGAACAUGAUUUCCCGCCUCAACGGUGAGCUUGCCGACACCCUUGGAAAUCUCGUGAUGCGUUGCACCUCCGCCAAGAUCAACGUUCAUCGUGUGUGGCCAACCCCGGACGCCUACAAUGCAAAGGAUGAGGCUCUUAUUCAACUCAUAAAGGACUUGCCGGGAGUUGUGGAUCACUUCUUCUUAAUUCCGGAUGUGCAAAAGGCUCUGGCAGCCGUGUUUGAUUUGCUUCGCGCCAUCAACUCCUACGUCACAGAGAACGCGCCGUGGAGGCUUGUCAAGACGGACCCGGAUCGGCUGCGCACUGUUCUGUACAUCACCAUGGAGGGGACCCGCCUGGCCACACUCAUGUUGAGCCCCGUCCUCUCACAGAAGGCACCCGUCAUUUUUGACAUGUUGGGCGUACCGGAGGCGAAUCGUGUUGGCGUGGAGAAUUUUGGGUUUGGCGUUGUGCCGUCUGGGACGUCCAUUGGCGACGCGGUGGAAGGCAAGGUGUUGUUCCCAAAGAUUUCGCUGGAUAAAGCGCAGUCCGCUUAG